AUGGCAGACAUGUACCCAGUUGAUAUUAGAAGCUAUAUCGCUCCAUAUGCAACUCCACGUUAUCCGUAUCCCAUAUUUCUCAACCCAUUAUAUCUGGCUGUUUUAUCAUUCGAUUCAAGUAAUUCAUUGCCUACAUAUCCAGUCCAUCAAGAAAGAACCGAAUCGAGUGGUACAGAUUCAGAUCCCGAAGAUACUAAUAUCUUAGAUGCUCGACCAUUCUAUCGCGCAAAUAAUCGAAUACCCGAUGCAACGCAUUUUCUGAAACUUGUUAUCACAUUCGGCCCGGAUUCCAAGAACAUCAAUCGUGCAUAUUUUAACGGUGUUUCGUAUGGCUCUGCUUCGAAUCAUGGUAGCCAUCAAGUGAGUAAUACGAAAUUCGUCACAUCGAACAAAAUACCAUUACUUCAUCAGAUGGCAAUGAGACCUAACAAUCUUGGCAUUCCAUCUCCAAUCAUGACGAAUGCAAGUCGAUUGCCAGUUAUACAAAGUGAUCGAAAUGGACACUACUUAUUUCCAUUUGGAGCCGUCGUCGAUAUUCUUUUGCAGAACACAGAUGAGGGUGAGCAUCCAUUUCAUUCUCAUGGUUAUAACUUUUGGAUCAUAUCAACUUCGGAAAAUCCUCAAGCGGAAAACUUAUAUCGUGGAGCAUAUCUACAACGAGAUGUGGUGAGCGUGCCAGCUAAUGGCUGGGUCAAAAUACGACUUUUAGCCAAUAAUCCGGGUGCUUGGCUCUUCCAUUGUCACAUUGAAUGGCAUAUGGAUGCGGGACUAGCUGCAGCUUUUAUAGUUGGUCCCAACGCAUUGCUAGCACAAGGCUAUAAAAUUAAUCCUGCGCACAAGCAUAUCUGCUCAAAAUAG